AAUGCUCAGAUUGUGGGAAAAGAUUCAGUUGGAGUGGCAGUUUUCAAAUGCAUCAGAGAACCCACACAGGGGAGAAACCUUUUGAAUGCUCAGAGUGCAGAAAGAGAUUCAGUUGGCGUUGCAGUCUUCAACGUCAUCAGAGAACCCACACAGGGGAGAAACCUUUUGAAUGCUCAGAGUGUGGAAAGAGAUUCAGUCGGAGUGCCAGACUUCAAAGUCAUCAAGGAACCCAUACAGGGGAGAAACCUUUUGAAUGCCCAGAGUGUGGAAAGAGAUUCAGUCAGAGUGCCAGUCUUCAAAGUCAUCAGAGAACCCAUACAGGGGACAAAUCUUUUGAAUGCUCAGAGUGUGGAAAGAGAUUCAGUUGGAGUAGCCAUCUUCGAGAUCAUCAGAGAACUCAUACAGGGGAGAAACCUUUUGAAUGCUCAGAGUGUGGGAAGAGAUUCAGUCGAAGUAGUCAUCUUCAAGAUCAUCAGAGAACCCACACAGGGGAGAAACCUUUUGAAUGCUCAGAGUGUCGAAAGAGUUUCAGUCUGAGCGGCAGUCUUCAAAGUCAUCAGAGAAUCCACACCGGGGGGAAACCUUUUGAAUGCUCAGAGUGUGGGAACAGAUUCAGUUUCAGUAGCAAUCUUCAAAAGCAUCAAAGAACCCACACAGGGAAGAAACCUUUUGAAUGCUCAGAGUGUGGAAAGAGAUUCAGUCAGAGCGGCAAUCUUCAACAUCAUCAGAGAACCCACACAGGGGAGAAAUCUUAUGAAUGCUCAGAGUGUGGAAAGAGAUUCAGUACGUGUAACUAUCUUCAAUAUCAUCAGAGAACUCACACAGGGGAGAAACCUUUUGAAUGCUCAGAGUGUGGGAAAAGUUUCCGUUGGAGUGGCAGUCUUCGAAUGCAUCAGAGAACUCACACAGGGGAGAAACCUUUUGAAUGCACAGAUUGUGGAAAGAGAUUUCGUUGGAGUGUCAGUCUUCAGAGUCAUCAGAGAACCCACACAGGGGAGAAACCUUUUGAAUGCUCAGAGUGUGGAAAGAGAUUCAGUCACAGUGGAAGUCUUCAACAUCAUCAGAGAACCCACACAGGGGAGAAAUCUUAUGAAUGCUCAGAGUGUGGAAAGAGAUUCAGUAUGCGUAGCCAUCUUCAAGAUCAUCAGAGAACUCACACAGGGGAGAAACCUUUUGAAUGCUCAGAGUGUGGAAAGAGAUUUAGUCAGAGGGGCAGUCUUCAACAUCAUCAGAGAACCCACACAGGGGAGAAACCUUUUGAAUGCUCAGAAUGUGGAAAGAGAUUCGGUCAGAGUAGCAGUCUUCAAAAUCAUCAGAGAACCCAUACAGGGGAGAAACCUUUUGUAUGCUCAGAGUGUGGAAAGAGAUUCAGUUGCAGUGGCAAUCUUCAAAAGCAUCAGAGAACCCGCAAAGGGGAGAAAUCUUUUGAAUGCUCAGAGUGUGGAAAGGUAUUCAGGUGCAGUGAGAGUGAAAAGAGAUUAAUUAAGAGUGGCAGUCUUCAACAUCAUCAGAGAACCCACACAGGGGAGAAACCUUUUGAAUGCUCAGAGUGUGGAAAGAGAUUCAGUCAGAGUGCCUAUCUUCAACAUCAUCAGAGAACCCACACAGGUGAGAAACCUUUUGAAUGCUCAGAGUGUGGAAAGAGAUUCAGUCAAAGUGCCUAUCUUCAGCUUCAUCAGAGAACCCACACAGGGGAGAAACCUUUUGAAUGCUCAGAGUGUGGAAAGAGAUUCAGUCAAAGUGCCUAUCUUCAACAUCAUCAGAGAACCCACACAGGGGAGAAACCUUUUGAAUGCUCAGAGUGUGGAAAGAGAUUCAGUCAGAGUGCCUAUCUUCAGCUUCAUCAGAGAACCCACACAGGGGAGAAACCUUUUGAAUGCUCAGAGUGUGGAAAGAGAUUCAGUCAGAGUGGCCAUCUUCAACGUCAUCAGAGAACCCACACAGGGGAGAAACCUUUUGAAUGCUCAGAGUGUGGGAAGAGAUUCAGUUUCAGAAGCAAUCUUCAACAGCAUCGAAGAACCCACACAGGGGAGAAACCUUUUGAAUGCUCAGAGUGUGGAAAGAGAUUCAGUCAGAGUGGCCAUCUUCAACAUCAUAAGAAAACCCACACAGGGGAUAAACCUUUUGAAUGCUCAGAGUGUGGAAAGAGAUUCAGUCGGAGUGACCAUCUUCAAUGUCAUCAGAGAACCCACACAGGGGAGAAACCUUUUGAAUGCUCAGAGUGUGGAAAGAGAUUCAGUCGGAGUAGCCGUCUUCAAUGUCAUCAGAGAACCCACACAGGGGAGAAACCUUUUGAAUGCUCAGAGUGUGGAAAGAGAUUCGCUCAGAGUUGCAGUCUUCAAAGUCAUCAGAGAACCCACACAGGGGAGAAACCUUUUGAGUGCUCAGAGUGUGGAAAGAGAUUUACUCGGAGUGGCAGUCUUCAAAGCCAUCAGAGAACCCACACAGGGGAGAAACCUUUUGAGUGCUCAAAGUGUGGAAAGAGAUUCAGUCGGCGUGGCCAUCUUCAACGUCAUCAGAGAACCCACAGAGUGGAGAAACCUUUUGAGUGCUCAGAGUGUGGAAAGAGAUUCAAUGAGAGGAGGAAUCUUCAACAGCAUCAGAGAAUACACAGAAAGGAGAAUCUUUAG